AUGACAUAUGAUAAUAUGAUUGAAGAAUAUUAUACAUUGGUGAUUGAUCAUUGGUAUGCAACUAUACCAAUCACUAUCAUUGUAUUGUUUAUAGUUACUAGGUUGGUUCGAUCCACACCUUCCUCUUCAUCAUCAUCGUCAUCGCCAUCCUCUUCUAAAGAUGGUAGUCGCAGUAACAAAGUAAAUGAUAGUAAAGAGAUUAAUAAGAAGACCAAGAAAGGUGGUUCAUCAUUGACUUCAGUUGGAUCAGGUAUAUCAACUACCACAACAACACUAAAGCAAGGAAACACAACUACUACAACUACAACAACAGUAUCAUCUCCACAUAUUCAACCACAACAACAACUACACCAAUUGUUCUUUAAACAAUUCAAGACAAUGACACCAAAACCAUGGAUCUACGGUGUAUCAAUGUCAUCUGAUAACAAACUUGCAUUUACUGGUGGUCAGACUGGAGACAAUUGUAUAAAGAUUAUCCCAAUGUCUAGUAUAUUUGAUGGUGCACCAAAGACAACACAAGCAAACAUCAAGUUUGAUACGGCCGACACUGUUGCAUGGUCGAGUAAUGGAAACUUAUACGCUACACUUCACGACUCGAGAAAAUUGAUUGGUUGGACACUCAAGACCAAUGCCGAGGGUAAACAACAAUACGUCACAUUGUUUGAAGCAGACACUGGUAUUCCUAUUGGAGGACCACGGGUAAUUACUCUGUGUGCAUCAGCCAACUAUAUCCUUGUCAUGACCGAAGAUACAAUGGUCAGACUGUACGAUAGUUUGAAAGGAACUCUAUUAACAGCCAUCAACACUGGUCAAAUGAAACAUUACAUGGCAUCAAUGUCUGGUAACGGUAAAUUAUUUAGUAUUGCCUCUUUCAAUUCAGAAAUUAAAAUUUGGGAACCAUCAUUCAAAAGAGAUAAUUCAUUUGAUAAGGCUCCAAAAGCAAUUAGUUUAACUGGUUAUAAAACAAGUAUAUUUGGAAUAUCAUUUAAUAAUGAUGGUACAAGAGUGAUUACAGUAUCAAAGGAUGGAUUAUUAAAACUAUGGAAUUUAGAUAUAAACUAUGGUAUUGGACAAGAACCAGAGGUUAUUUAUACGGUUGCAGUUGGAAAUGAUUUUGUUGGUGCACCAGCCAACUUGGUCACCAUGGCACCCAAUGGAAAGGUGUUUGCCAUUGGAAACCAAAACUUUGUUCAAUUUAGAAGAGUAUCCGAUGGUCAAUUACUCGACACUCUACCAAAGGCAGCAGAGGGGACACCCUAUACUGACAACUCUGUUUGUUGGACAAAUGAUAGUAAAUUUUUUAUAACAUCAGGUUAUGGUGUAUUUACCCUUUGGAAUGUUCCAAAAUUAUAA